GCCAUGGCGGGCUUGUUGCCGCGGCACCAGGCUCUUUAUAAGAGCUUCCGGACCCCACCGUGGAAAGAGACUUUCCGGCAGCGCUGUGUAGAGAGACUGAAAAGUAGUCGGGCCAAGUUGCUAGAAAGAUAUCGUCAAGUGGGAGAAAAUGGAGCUUGCAGAUCAAAUAAAGCCUUGCUGGUACAGGAGGUGAUGGAAGUUGAGUGGAAAGCUUUGCAGUCUGUGGAUUCUCAGCUACCCUCUCUGAGAAAGCAGGACUCUUCCCAGAUGCUUGAAGAACUGGCUGUAUUGGAUGAAAUCCAUCAGGAACUGAUCUUGCAAGAACAGCUGGCCAUAGAGGAAUAUGAGCAAAGCCUGAAGUUUGAUGAGGACUGCCUUAAUGCAAUGCUUGAUGGCUUAGAUGUAGAACAGCAUAUCAUCUGUCCUGUUUGCAGAAGGAACAAUCUCAGUGUGAUGAGUAACAUGGUUGCAUGCCAAUGUGGACUCUGCAUCAAUAGCCUGGGGAUGACUGAGGAAAAGCUCCAGUUGCUCUUAGAAGAAGGUCUGAUGGAACAUAGCCAACAUUGUCAGCACUGUCCUGAAUUCACCGUAACUAAUAUGAUGGAAGGAGAAACUAAUCUUCUUAUGAGCUGUCAGGCUUGCGAUUCCUGGACAGUGAUUUUUUAAUUCCAUCUGCAUAACAUUCUGCAGUAUUGUAGAAAGGCAUUGCUGUUGACUCCCCCUUCUUCUUUAGACGGGUGUUUAUGUAUAUAAUGUUCACAAUGUAUAGAAAUACAAAAGGUGUUCCUUAUUUUUUUUAAUUUAACUGGAUCUAUGCUAUUUUUUCUAAAGCAUCCUGCUUGAAUAAACACUCUCCUUUUAUGAUAAGAGCUGGGUAUUAUAGAUUUGGAGACUUUUUUGGUUGCAGCACUUUUUUGUACAAAUUCUUGGAAAUGUUGAUCCAAAUUGCAUGUACUUUCAUAAAGGGUUAAAGGACUUGCCAUGUGUGAAGCACCUAUUUUGCAAAGAAUAUCUUCUAGAUUCCAACUGGUGACAUUUUUGCUUAAAGGAGGUCAGAUAACAGAAGGGGAUGGUUAUAUUUCAUUCUUGGACAUGUCUAAAGGCCAGGACCAACAAUUGUACAAUUAGUUGGGCCAACAUACCGGUCACCAACUUUGAAUUCCUAUUAGUGGAAACAACACUGGCUAGUGGCCUGGUUGAUUACAUAAAGUAGCAUAAUGCAUGUCAUCUUUUUAAUAAUAUCUGGAAAUAAAGCUGUACUUUCAUGGAGUGCUUUCCUCCCAAAUAUGCUGCUGAAAUUCAGAGCUAUGAUUAAAAGGGGGAGGUCAAAUUACCCCUCUCAAUAACUAGAAAGUCUCUGGUAGCCCCAAUGUAUUUUAGAGGAAAGACACUACCCCUUAUUCCACAAAAGGGUUUUUAGCCUGGCCUCCUUUUGUCCCAAAGAAUGCUGCCUAUUGGUAAGCAAUGGCAUAAAGAUCCACUGAAAAUGGAAAUACAGAUUUCUGUUGCAUGCUGGUUUUCUGGAGUUCUAUGGGAAAACUGUUCAUUGGUAGUUUCCGUUUCAGAAAAUCCCAGAAUUUGGGUUUAGGGAAGUCCUUGAUGUAUAAGUUGGUGCAUUACUGACGCAUGUUUAUUUAUUUUGAGAGCCACCUUAGCAAAGAGAUUGGAUAGUAUAGGAAAAAUUCAUAUAAAAUACUGUAUUAUUUAAACACUGACAAGCUGGGAUAGAGGGACAAGAAUAUACCAUCAGGUAUAUUACUAUUUCCCACAUUUUGAAGGAAAAGUUCUUUGAAAUCAAGUAAUUGAAAUUACCUUAUGAUAGUAUCUGAUCCAGAUAAAAGAUCAUUUUGUAGUUCCUUCUAUCUUCUUAAAAAUAGCCUGACAUUGAUGCUGUACUCCCACCAAAAUGUGUAAUAUAAAUUAGGUACUUCCAUUUGCAUUUCCCCCCAUGCUAGCUUUAAAAGAUCAAAUUCAAGUCAGAUGCAAAACAGUGGCUCAUAUGGAUAAGUUGGUCUAUUCACAUUACAUACUUGUGUAAUGUAUCCCUGAACGCACAGUAUAACAUAUUUGCACUAAUACACCAAAUGUAUUCAUUCCUGCCAAUACUAAUUCUGAUUAGCGUUAUAUGCUGCAUUUAAAAUCAGUGUAAUUUUUUCUGUUGGACUUUGUAAAAAAAAAAAAAAGCUGGUUUAUUAUACGCAGUCGUACUGUUGACUAGAGCUAGUUUUAAGCAGCAUGUAUUGGUUCAGACAGUUCCAUUACUAUCUGUUUUGAAUCACCAAAAGAUCAGUGUGAUUCCCCUUUCUCUUAUCCUUCUGCCAACAAAUGAAAAAGUUUUUUUUCCUUCAAAUAGUAUUUUGUGUAUAAAUAAGUAGCUAGGUGGGUACUGUUCAUUAAUAUUCUCAUUAUUUUAAUUAUUUUUUUUACUUUCUGCAUUGUUGACCAACUUGAGUUUUGUUAAUUGGAAAGGCAGGAUAUAAUUUAAGAAAUAAACUACCUCUAAAGCUGU